AUGGCACUGAGGAAGAAGUUGUUUGAGAGUUCCAAUUUCAAUGGCAAGAUUAUGUACACCGUUUCAAGGUAUUUUAGCUCAAACAAGAUGGACUUAAGGAAGCUAAAACCUAUGAUUCAGAAGAGAAUCCAAGAACGGGCUAAGGAUUAUCCAGUACCAGGCAUGAUUCCAGUGGCCCAGGAGGUCCUUGAUUCCCGGAGGCUCCUUAUGCAAGGUGUCUCUACCCUCCUCAAAGUGUUACCAGUUAUGGCCUGCAAAUUCUGUCCAGAAGUAUAUAUAGGCGAGAAAGGCCACGUAAUUCAGACUUGUUGUGGUUUCAAACGUCGUGGCAAGAAUCGGGUUCAUGAAUGGAUAACUGGUGGUCUAAAUGAUGUGCUAGCUCCAGUAGAGGCAUUUCACCUGAAGCACAUGUUCCAGGAUGUUAUUAAGCACCAUCAGAGGUUUGACUUUGAACGUGUUCCUGCAGUUGUUGAGCUAUGCUGGCAAGCAGGGGCAAAUGAUGGAAAUCAGUAUUCAAAUUGGAGCCCAGAAAGUGAUUGUUGUAGUGUUGAUGGAGCUGAGUCUUUGUCACCUGAUGAACUGGUUAUGAUUGCCAGUGGAACUUUGAAGGCAUGGGAAGUUCUCAGAAAUGGCGUGGAGAAGUUAUUGAUGGUUUAUCCAGCAAAAGUGUGUAAACAUUGUUCAGAAGUUCAUGUAGGGCCUUCUGGGCAUAAGGCUAGGCUUUGUGGAAUUUUUAAGUAUGAGAGUUGGCAGGGAACGCACUUUUGGGGAAAGGCAAAUGUAGAUGAUCUUGUGCCUCCAAAGAUUGUAUGGCGGCGCCGGCCUCAGGAUCCUCAAGUGCUUUUGAAUGAAGGGAGGGGCUUUUAUGGGCAUGCUCCAGCAGUAGUAGAACUGUGCACACAGGCAGGUGCCAUUGCACCCUCGAAGUAUCACUGUUUGAUGAAACUACAGGGUGUAGCUACACUUUGA